AUGGCGAAGAACCACAUGCAUAAUAAUAAAUACUGGCAGAUUGGUGCAGAUACAGGCCUCUCGCUUGGUCUUAGACAGAGGAAAAUGGUCUUUGGGAUGUCCGCUCCAACAACCGUGGGUAUGGAGACACUUCGCAUCAUCCAUCUCAAACAACCCCAAUAUGACCUCGGCAACUACAAGCUCGCUCUCGACACGAUCAUGCAAAUACCCAAGCCUCUGUUGACUCUCGAAUACUCCCAAGUGGACACGAGAACCACACAUUAA